AUGAACAUCAGCAAGGACACAGUGAAAGAGACGUUUCAGCGAGAGACGAAGAACGCCACCUCCCAGUGGCUGGGCCGUCGCUUCCAGCUCAAAGGCGUGACAGUGAGAGCAAUUGAUCCAGUGAUUGAAGCCAUCACAGAGACCCCCCUCUUGGAGCUAAAGGUGAAGGACUUCACCGUCAACUUCACCAUCACCAACCUGCCAUACCGGGUGGAGAUGAGGGAUCCAAACUCGAAGGUCUACCACGAUGCCAAAGCAAGCAUCGAAGGAGAGCUCAACCAGCUCUACCAACGCAGCGACUUGGCAGCGAAUUUUGUCGGUUGCUCUGUUGAAAACUUCAGACCCACUGGCUGGAAAAACGAAACAGCCGUCAAUUCCAUCUGCACAUUCAUGAAGGCUUACGGUCCAAGGACUUUUGAGAGAGACUUUGUGUACAACGUCUUUAAGAACCUCACUGGCAAAGGUUCAAUGCUGGGGAAAUACAUGCUGGAUGACAGGACCCUGCUUGUUAAUGGGUACUCUUCGGAAGUGAGUCCAGUACCCUACAGAAAAGAUCUUCCUUUCUGGGCGAUUAUCCUCAUUUGUCUGUCUGUCCUGUUGGGCUUCGUCUUACUUUUCCUGAUGUGCUUCUUGGCAAGGAGAAGAGCAGGCAAGUACCAGGUCCAGCAGAACAUUUUUGGCAACUACUUCCCUCACCUGGACAUGCGGAGAACCCGGUGAUGCGGAUUUUGGACGGCUCGAUUCUUCCGUACCCGCCUCCGAGGGGGGCAUCUCUUUUUGCACAGGGUUUUCUCCCCCUUCCCCAUCGCACGCACACCCUCCUCCUCGUGUAGACGCCACGCAGAGAACGCCGACGUUUCCCAUGAUGGACAGUGUGACUAAAAGAAGCCAAUGGCCAUCGGUGGAUAACGCAACGCAACUCGACUCAAACAAAAAGCAAGGCGAAAGCCAUGUGGAUCAUGGACCACAAUGAGACUGUAUGUUCCAAACAAAGACUGCCAUUCAGGAGGAUGGGUUGGGUAGUUGGGUUAUGGGCAGGGGCAGCCUGGCUCCGUUUUAUUUAUUGUUUUAAAAAUGCACUGUGCAGUUGGGUCUAUCAUUUUCUUCUGUCUGCAAAAGCCAUGAAUCAAGUUACUUACCGUAUAUACACGACGAUAAGUCGACCUCAUGUAUAAGUCAAGGGGAAAUUUGGGGGGGGGGGGAUUAUGGAUUUUGAUAUGACCCGUGGAUAAGUCGAGGGUAAAACUUAGGGGCAUAUAGCAAAGGAUCUAAAGGAUGAAGCAAAGCAAAACAAUGUCAAACAACUUACAAAAUUAGGGAUGGCAGGGAUUUCCCCUGCGUGAGAGGUCAACUAGGCGUUCCCUUGGCCAAAUCUAGGUUGGGUCAGGUCUAUGGGCAAAAUCAGAUUGUGCCCUUUCCCUGAUUUAAGUGUUAAAAAUUGAGUUGGGUUCUGCCACGAAUGGCCAUCAGUGUUAAGGAGUUUACAACCGUUCGUUUCCGAAAGGGCAGACACGAGUGCAUUGAAGUAAUUCUAACCAGAGCUUGGGAUGUAACUUAUUGAAAGGAACCGGUUACUUUACUCAUCACUCUGAUCACCCGACAGGUCUGUUGCUGCACUCCAGUUACUCUUUGCUAACAGGUAAUGUUUACUUAUUAAUAAUGUGCCAUUGGAAAAGACAUGGAAAUGACCUCUGGUGCCCCCAAGAGGCCAGUUCAGAGAUUGCACCUUGGAAAACCUGAGAAAAAUGCCAGAGAGAGUACAAAGCAUUCCUUCUUGGUUGCUACACAAGGUGUGUGACCCACCUCUCUCUUUCUCUUACCAUUGGAUAGACUAAGCCAUAACACACACCAAGUAAUGAGUAACUGGUUGACACUUGUUCCAUUGAAAAGUAGGGAAUUACAAGUUAUGGCUGUUUCGGCAUUGUUUCAGUUGCCAAAAUCACUCGUUAGAGAAACAAGUUACUUCUUAGCUCUGGGCCUAACACUAUUGCACUUUAGAUUUCCUAUAUACAUACACAAACAGACACACACACACACACACAUUACACUUCUUUGAUUCUGUAUUUAAAACAAGGCUGUUCUUCUGUUAG